AUGGAAGCCACCCUCCUUCCUCUAGUAACCAGCGAGGUCGUUCUUAUUUCCACAAAAACAACUCUUCCAAUCGAGGACAAACCCACUCAGGUCAAAGUCGUCGACCACCUAACUGCCAAAUAUGCCGCAAAGAGAACCAUUAUGCUGGCUGCUGCAACCAACGGUUCUGCUUUGCCACCCUCGACGUCAGAUCCGACCUCUAUUGAACCUACUGUUGAUUCCUCCUCUUUGGGUUCUCAUCCUAUGAUUACACGAGCCAAAGCUAGUAUAUUCAAGACUCAUCAUCCAGCAAAUAUUGGUAUUUUGGGCUCAUCUGGACUUUUUUAUGCUCUUCUUGCAUUCACUAAGCCAAAAGGAUUCAAAUCUACGACUAAGAAUCCUACUUGGGUUACUUUGGUGAGAAUCUCAGCCGUGAUCGUACUGGCAUUGGUGAGCAUAGCCACAGUGGACGCUAUGAAUCCGCGUCUAAGUUCGAACACUCUGAAAUUUCAGGCCAUCAAUUGUCGGAAACACUCGGCGUUGCUGACGGAGUUUGGCGGUGUCGGCGACGGAGUAACUUCAAAUACUAACGCGUUCCGAAAAGCGAUUGAACAUCUUAGCACACUUGCGGCGGAUGGUGGUGCUCAAUUGAUCGUGCCGCCGGGGAAAUGGCUGACCGGAAGUUUUAAUCUGACUAGCCAUUUCACACUUUUUAUCGAUAAAGAAGCAAAAAUUCUUGCAUCCCAGAAAGAAUCAGAGUGGCCACUUGUGGAAGUUCUCCCAUCUUAUGGGAGGGGAAGAGAGGCUCCGGGUGGACGGUACAACAGCCUCAUUUUUGGAACUAAUCUCACCGAUGUGGUUAUCACAGGUAACAAUGGUACAAUCCACGGGCAAGGAUCUUCUUGGUGGGAAAAAUUUAAGAAAGGGGAGCUCAAGGUAACACGACCGCAUGUGAUCGAGAUCAUGUACUCUGAUCAAAUCCAAAUCUCCGAUCUCACUUUGAUCAACUCACCUUUUUGGUGUGUCCAUCCGAUUUAUAGCAGAAAUGUGAUUAUCCAAGGGCUCACCAUCUUAGCUCCCGUCACCGUACCCAACACUGACGGAAUCAAUCCAGAUUCUUGUUCCAACAUUCGAAUCGAAGACUGCUACAUUGUCUCCGGUGACGAUUGCAUCGCCAUCAAGAGCGGAUGGGACCAAUAUGGUAUCAAGUUCGGAAUGCCGACCGAAGACCUUGUCAUUCGCCGCCUCACUUGCAUCUCACCAGAUUCUGCAGGUAUCGCCCUUGGUAGCGAAAUGUCUGGCGGAAUUCGCAACGUCAGGAUCGAAAACGUCACUGCAAUCAAUACACAGUCUGCUGUCAGAAUCAAAACUGCUCGCGGACGAGGUGGUUUCGUCAAGGACAUUUUCGUCCGAAGAAUGUUUCUAUCCACGAUGAAAUACGUCUUCUGGAUGACUGGAGACUACAAAUCGCAUGCAGAUGACAAGUUUGAUCCCUCGGCAUUGCCAGUGAUUAAGAACAUUAAUUAUAGAGACGUGGUUGCUGAGAAUGUUAAUAUGUCAGCAAAUUUGGCAGGGAUAUCGGGAGAUCCAUUCACGGAUAUUUGUAUGUCGAAUGUAAAGAUUGGAUUGUCGAAGAAGCCUAAAAAGUUGCAGUGGAACUGUACGGAUGUUGAGGGAUUUAGUAGCGAUGUGGAUCCGCCGCCAUGUGCUCCACUGGCUAAAGCAGUGAAAAACGGUGGAUGUGACUUUCCCGAGGACAAGCUGCCAAUUGAGAAUGUUGAGCUGAAGUCAUGCUCCGUUGAAAUUCCUGCCUUUUAA